AGGGAGGUGCGGCCGGCACUCGGGGCGCGACACCGGCGGGUCUCGGGGUGCCUUGCCCAAGGCGGAGUCGGCUCGGGUUGGCGCCUGUGCGUCAGUGCUGCGCGGGCCAGACCCGCCAGGUAACACUUCUGCUCUUCCUUUUUGACUCUGAAAAACAGCUCCUGCCAUUUGAAGCAGAGACUCAUUUUCAGUGUACCUGCUGUAGGUGGAACCAGCUUCUCUUUGGGAUCGCAAUGACCAUGGAAGGCAGGGGAACAUUAGGUCUCAUCCCCAGGACGUCUGUGCAUCAGCAGCAGGAGGGGAGAUUGACUGUGAAGCAGGAACCAGGAAGCCAGACAUGGGGACAGAGCUGCGGUCUCCAGAAGAACUACCCCCCUGUCUGUGAAAUCUUCCGGCUGCACUUCAGGCAGCUGUGUUACCACGAGACGUCUGGGCCCCAGGAGGCCCUGAGCCGGCUCAGGGAGCUCUGCCACUGGUGGCUGAUGCCAGAGGUCCACACCAAGGAGCAGAUCCUGGAGCUGCUGGUGCUGGAGCAGUUCCUGAGCAUCCUGCCCAGGGAGCUCCAGACCUGGGUGCAGCUCCGUCGUCCUGAAACUGGCGAGGAGGCUGUGGCUGUGGUAGAGGAUUUCCAGAGACACCUUAGUGGGUCAGAGGAGGUUUUGUCUCCAGUACAAGAGCAGGAUGUGCAUUUAAAGAAGACGAUAUCUCUGGAUGGAAUAGAACAAUCUCCUACCUCAGCCUCCAGUCAAGGCUCAGCUCCUGAAGCCCACCUGGACCCUCCUUGUGACCCAAGAGCCCACCAACUCCCUCACAGAUGCUGCGGUCCUGCUUGUCUUGAAGUGGGGAGUGCCAGAGCCCAGGCUACUGUGGGGAACUCCACAGCGGCUACUGAGCUUAGGAUGGUCAGGCCUCAGGAGAUUACAGUGAAUAAGGACUCGAUGCAGAGAAGGUGGAAAAGCCUGGCACUCAAUCAGAACGCCCUGAGCCGGAACAUGAAGGAGGAAAACGAGCACAGCGUGGCCGCUCUGGCAACAGGUAAGAACAGGAUGGAAAGUUCUGAGUGCACUCCAAAGCACGACGUUUCUGAAGGAUCCGAUUCACUUGACAUAUCCUCAGCGGGACUCUCUGGAAUGGCAUUGGUAGAACCAGAGUCUGGAGAUAUCUGUGAAGAUCCUGUAGCACAGGCAGAAGGGCAGCCCCCAGAUGAUGAAGAGAGUGAACGAGAAAGUGACUUCUUGGAAAAGAAAGCUAAGAAAAAUUCCACAGAACACAGAAAUGAGGAGUGUAAAGAUGGAGGGGAACAUGCAGAUCUUCCCUCUAGUUCUGCUGAGUUCCAGCGAGAAGCAAAGAGACAGAAGCUCUAUCAGUGUGAGGAGUGUGACAGAGUUUGUAACCGGAGCUCCCACCUCCUUGGACACCAGAGAACCCAGACUAGAGAGAAACCCUGUGAGUGUAGUGAGUGCGGGAAGACCUUCCGACAGACAUCUCAGCCAACUGUUCACCUCAGAACACACGCAGCGGGGAGGCCUUAUGGAUGUAGUGAGUGCGGGAAGACGUACCAGCUCUGUUCCCAUCUUAGUCAGCACCAGAGACUCCACGAUGGGGAGACACUGUCUAAAUGCCAUGAGUGUGCCAAAGCCUUCACUCAGAGUUCCCAGCUCCUGGACCACAGGAGAACCCACACUGGGGAGAAGCCUCAUGAGUGCAGUGAGUGUGGAAAAACCUUCUGCUCCAACAGAAAUCUUAUGGACCACCAGAGAACCCACACGGGGGAGAAGCCUUACGAAUGUAGUGUGUGUGGCAAGGCCUUUAGUCGGAGUAAGUGUCUUAUUCGACAUCAAAGUCUCCACAGUGGGGAGAAACCGUACAAAUGUAGUGACUGUGGGAAAGCCUUCAACCAGAACUCUCAGCUCAUUGACCACGAACGGAUUCAUACCGGGGAAAAGCCUUUUGAAUGUAGUGAGUGUGGCAAGAAAUUCAGUUUAAGUAAAUGCCUUAUUCGGCACCAGAGACUUCACACUGGAGAAAAGCCCUAUAAGUGCAGCGAGUGUGGGAAAUGUUUCAGUCAGAACUCUCACCUCAUCAUCCACCAGAGGAUCCACACUGGGGAGAAACCGUACGCGUGCAAUGAGUGCGGGAAGGUCUUCAGCUACAGCUCUAGCCUCAUGGUUCACCAGAGAACCCACACUGGGGAGAAGCCCUACAAAUGUAAAGAUUGCGUGAAAGCCUUCAGUGACAGCUCACAGCUGAUUGUGCACCAGAGAGUUCACACUGGCGAGAAGCCUUACGAGUGUAUCGACUGUGGGAAAGCCUUCAGUCAGCGCUCCACAUUUAACCACCACCAGCGGACGCACAGUGUGGAGAAGCCCUACAUGUGCCCUGAGUGUGGAAAAGCCUUUAGUCAGAGGGCCAACCUCACGGUGCUUGAGCGAACCCACGCAGGAGAGAAGCCGUAUAAGUGUAAGGAAUGUGGCAAAGCUUUUAGUCAUAGAUCCAACCUUGUGGUCCAUCAGAGAAUCCACACCGGAGUGAAGCUGUACUUGUGUAGUGGGUGUUGGAAAUCUUUUGGGGGUAAGUCUCAUCUCAUCCGGCACCAGGGAAUCCACAGUGGAGAGAAAACAUACGCUUGUAAAGAGUGUGGGAAAGCCUUCAGUUGGAGCUCGGGACUUAUUUUCCAUCACAGAGUUCACACUGGCGAGAAGCCCUACACUUGUGUGUGUGGGAAAACAUUUGGCAGGAGUUCAAAACUUACUCAGCAUCAGAGGACGCACAGAGGAAAAAAGAUUUACAAAUGUAGAGAGUGUGGGAAAAUACGUGGUUCCAAUACAAAGAUUAUGGACCAUCAGAGAAUUCACAGCAGAGAGAAGCCCUACCAGUGCUCCAAGUGUGGGAAAGCCUUCACCUUAAGGAAGGCUCUUAGUGAGCACCAGAGACUCCAUCGUAGAGAGAAGCCUUAUAAAUGCAACGAGUGUGGCAAAGCUUUCACUUCUAACGGAAACCUUGCUGAUCAUCAGAGAGUUCACACUGGAGAGAAGUCUUACGAACGUAACGAGUGUGGGAAGACCUUCAGGCAGACAUCUCAAGUGAUUCUGCAUUUGAGAACCCACACUAAAGAGAAACCCUACAAAUGCAGCGUGUGUGGGAAAGCCUACCGUUAUAGCUCACAGCUUAUUCAACAUCGAAGAAAACAUAACAAGGAGGAAGAAACCUUAUUUUUGUGGGCCAGGUGUGAUGGCUCAUGCUGUUUAUUCCAGCAUUUAGGAGGCAGAGACAGGGAGAUCUCUGUGAGUUCUAGACCAUCUAGAGCCAUACGGUGAGACCCUGACUUAGAAAAAAAGAAAAAUUGGCUAUUAGGCUGAUUGCUACUUUUCUGAAAACUAGAUUUUUAUUAGUAACAUUUGACUAAAUUCUGCUUCUAAGAAUCCACACAGGGAAAAUAGUAAAUGGCUAAAGUAAAACAAAAGGCAUAUUCACGCCAGCAUUAUAUAUAACUGAAAGGGGAAAACACACCAUAGAUGUUUGCAUGUGCAGGCAGAAACAAUGAUAGAAUAUUCAGAUUAUGCUUCUGAAGACAGUCUGUUUUUAAAAGAUUUUU